AUGAUUUCACUAACAUUAAUUGGACACCUUUACAAUCUGCUUCGUAUUGGCAAGAAGCUCACGAUCGAGAUUGCCUUCACUUAUAGGGAGGACGAUGAUGGUCACCCCAUGCCUCCACUAAGAAGAGUCAAGAGAGGACGUGUGUCUGCAACCAGCAGAGCGCUAGCUAAACCUGGGGCACACAUUGUGGCGGAAGAAGAGCUUACUGGACAAUCUUCUAUAUAUUUUCGUUUCCAAACAAACCACCUAGGUAGCUGA